AUCACUAUUCGUAUAUUUUAAUUUUCAUAUUCAUAUUUUUCCACAAGAUACCGAAAGGGCAGAGGGAGAGAGGGUUAGGGAAGAUGGAAGAGUGCCUGAGAGUGUGUAUGAGGAAGCUGGCGCUCUGGCACACCAGAACCUUCAAGCCCAUCAUGACCCACGACGAGCUCGAUCCCAUCAUGGCCACACUCGGCUUCGUGGCCCUUGCCCCCUCUCCCUCCCCCAUUGGCGUUGGCGGCGGCAGCGCCACAGUCUGGAAGGCAUACGCCUAUUGCGGAGGCGGGAGGUCGGCGGCGGAGCUGCUCAUGCCUAGUCCUCGGCUGCCGUACCCGAGGAUCGAUGGCCUCCACAUCUACACCUAUCAAGCCUUCAUCGACGCCCUCAACUUCUAUCUCGACAUGACUGACAUCUCCGUCCUUUUCCAUAUCAGGGGAAUGCCGUUGCAUUGUGUACAUGACAAGAAUAAGAAAUUACGUCGGAUGGAAGAAGAUGAUAGUGUAUUUGUAUACAGAGAAGGAACAUUAGACGAACCCGCCUACAAUCUCUAUCGCCUCCACAACAGUUUUAAUGGUACCUCUUCCAUCACUACGGCUGAAGUUGCCAUUUCUAAUGGGUAUUACAAGUCCGUCCUAAUUCGUAACAAGGGCGACAAUACUACCGUUGGAUGUGUGGUUCCAUUGAAGAAUAUUAUGAUAUAGUUUGGUUAUCUUGAUCAAUUUUAAAAACCUAUUUUUUUUUCUUUUAAAGCAUGGUCAUUCUACAUUAACUUAUUAAUAAUCAUAUUCAAUAUUUCAAGUGCU